GGAAGGUUGCGCGGUGCUGCGUUCUCCCUGGCCCCUCUCUCUCUCUCUCACGCACACACACAUCCAUCGCUGACAAUGGUUCUCAAUCCUUACUGAAACUACUUUAUGGUUCCCAAUAAAUAAUAAUACAUUCUCACUGAAAUCGAAUUGAAAAUUCAUGUCAAAUUUUCAGGCAUUUCUCUAAUAUUGAAUUUUUUUGAGAAUCAAGAACUGAAUUGCACUUAUGAAAACGACAUGUUUAUUUGCCUAAUUGUUCACCCAAAGAAUAAGUGAUUUAUGAUUUUCUUAAGACAGUGGUUGGCAAAAUAGUAAAUGAUAUUUGUGGAUGCUGAAGAUACAUGUAUGAAUGCUCGUACACGUAUGAACAUUCAGCCUGUGUUCACGGGGCCCGAGUUGAACAAUAUAGACAAAACUAAUGCACCGAUGAAAAUAUAAUGAGAAAAUUUCAGAAUAUUUCCUUCCCGAUAUAGAAAGUAUUGAAAAGUUGAAAACAGAAAAUUAUAUAUUUUCGCACGAAAGUAUGCUUAUUCUUUUUCAAAUUCUAAAUGAGUUUCUAAAGGUCAAAUGUAUCAUGUAGAGACAGCAAAACAAUUAUAGUGUAAUAUCUGAUAAUUACAAUAUAAUUUUUUAAGACUGUGAACGAUUCAUAUAAUUCUCAUUGGAUGAAACGAUUUACUUACGGCACAAGUGAACGGUGAUUGGUGGGAGAGGUAAGUGAGAAUUAAGUGGUUGAGUGCUUUCAUACAGUCACUAAUUAAGUAGGCGGAAGUUAGCACUUUACUGACAGUGAAGUGAGUGCCUUUGGCAAUAGAAGUGCUACAUUAUAUUAUAAUGAGUUCUGCCAUGCUGGAUAAUCGCGCUGUUGACUACUUCCGUAACGACCAUUAGGAGGGUAAUUUAUGCUGACCAAUUUGUCGCUAUUGACUGUUAUAAAUACUUAAAAUUGGUGCCUUGAGCCAGUUUGCGUCGUAUUCAUCAUAGUGACUCACCCAAGUGCGAAGUAGUUUGACUCACCCAAGUGCGAGAUACCUUUGACUCACGCAAAUGAGUCAAACUGCUGCUUAAUCAGAUGUUCAACAUUGAAUGAGUCCCCUAUGAACAAAUUGGAAGAGGAUAUCAUUGACUGUAGAUAUCAAGCCUGUUUAAAAUAUAUCACAGAUGAGUUUGGCUUAGCUCAUCGUGUGAGAAUAAUAUUAAUCGACUGUCUAAAACUGUUCAAGAACCAGUUCAUCUGACUUGAACACGAGAUGAGAAAGUGCCAAAAAAUUAUGAUGCCUUCGUGAGUGAUUGUCCAUCACACAAUAGCCUAGAAAAAUCAGGUUGUCAGUAGAGGCUGACCCCUAGAAACAAAACUUAAUUUGUGCAAUAAUAGACUGGAUCAGUGGAAGCCAUUCCCUCUACCAAUCAGGGGGCGUUGAAGCCAACCCCCUUAACGACCAGGGACCAAUUAAACCACCCUUAACGAUACCACUGACAGUUCUAGUAGGCCCACUGGACCUGACAAAGAACAUUAUCUGACUCUACCUAACGCCAGUGCCACAGGAUAAUAGGGUGAAACGACCCAAACGCCUUGUUAGGAUGCCAAGGAACACCAAAGUACCGCUGCUGCUCCUGCUGUUGCUGCUGUCCAUACUGCUGUGUGCAGCUGUGUGCUGGGCGUCUGCCAGCAAACCCAAGAUCAGAGGAGGACUGGAAAACAGU